AUGGCUUCCUCCCCCUCAAAUACCUCCCUUCCUCCUCUUCCAGAUCCACCUAUCGCCGUACCCCUCGCUCUCCCCGCCCCACUCCCUCUCCCACCUUCCACUCGCCGUCUUCCUCCUCCUUGCUGGUCCCCCGACGAAACCCUCGCUCUCAUCGAUUCGUAUCGCGACAAAUGGUACUCUCUUGGCCGUGGAAACCUGAAAGCCACUCACUGGCAAGAAGUGGCUGACGCUGUUUCUCAUCGGUGCCCUAACGCUUCUCCGGCGAAAACUCCCGUUCAAUGCCGGCAUAAGAUGGAGAAGCUUCGUAAGCGUUAUCGAACUGAGAUUCAACGUGCUCGCUCACUUCCUCUCUCUCGAUUCAACUCCGCUUGGGUUCACUUCAAACUCAUGGAUUCCAUGGAGAAAGGUCCUUCUGCGGUUAAAUCUGAAAACAACGAUUCAGAUAGCCCAGAUGAUGACGAAGAAGAAGAUCAUGAUCAAGAUCUCUACAUGGAAAUCAAAAACGGCCACGGAUCUAACACUAGAAGCAUCAAUAAAUUGUACAGGAACGGUUUUGGUGGCGGUAGCGGUGGUGGAGGCGGUGUUGGUGUUGGCGUUGGCGGAGGGUUCAGGAUUAGGUUUCCACAGGCACAACCUGAAUCGAGAUUUCCUUCUGAUCAGAAGUAUAAUCCUAAUCUGAACCAUAACUACGGGAUGCCGCCUCCUCCGGCCGCCACAACGAAGGGGUUGGGUAACAAGAGGGAAAGAGAUCCAUUGGGAGAGGUGGUGUCUGCGAUCAAGGUAUUGGGUGACGGGUUUGUGAGGAUGGAGCAAAUGAAGAUGGAGAUGGCAAGAGAGAUUGAAGCUAUGCGGAUGGAUAUGGAAAUGAAGCGCACCGAGAUGAUUCUUGAAUCUCAGCGUCGAAUUGUGGAGGCAUUUGCCAAAGCUGUUUCCGACGACAACAACAACAACGGAAGCAACCACCAGAUGAAGCCUGUUAAUAAGAGAAUUCCCUCACCACAACAACCAUAA